AUGUCAAACUUUACUGAAAUUGACCAAAUAUGCGAAGAGAUUGAUAAGGGUAUGGAUGAUAGUAUGGUCAUCAAGAAGUUUUUAGAGAAACGAUCACAGAUUGAAGAGGAAUAUGCAAAGAAUCUUCAAAAACUAUGUAAAUCACAACCAAAUUUAAACAAGUUGGGUUAUUUUCUUUCUUUUGAUACUAACCAUUCCAAUCUAUCUAUCUAUAUUGUUUGUAGUGGAAUAAGUGGAGCAUUUACAGUACUUGUAGAUAAUACCAAUCAAUACUCUAAUCACCUUUUACAAGUGGUACAAAAGAUAAACGAUGACAUAAACGAACCUUUAAAAGUAUUUUUAAAAGAUUUAAAAGUUGAACAAAAAGCUUAUGUAUUGGAUGGACAAAAUUUAGUUAAAGAAAGAAAAUCAGUGAUUGAUACAUUAAAAUCAACAAAGGCAACUUAUGAUUCUGUUUAUAAGGAUCCAGAAUCUGAUCCAUCAAAAUUGGUACAAGUUGAAGAAGAUUAUAAACACAUGGUACAAUAUGCAAAUAGAUAUCAUACAACCUAUCAUGAUGAAAAAUUUCCAAAGAUUCAAAAUGAUUUCCAAAGAUUAGAAACUAUUAGAAUGCAAAGAAUUAAAACAAAUAUGAAAAAAUUUAUAACUGAAAUGGAUUCGAUACCUGCAAGAAUGACAACCACUUUAAAAUCAUCAGAGGAUACUAUCAAUGCAAUCGACACAAAGCGUGAUAUUUUAGCAUUUGCAAAUUUCAACAAGGCUCUCAACAUUCAACAUCCAGAGUUUGUCUUUGAGACUUGCGAGAAAAAGAAAAAAGGAUGGCGAUCAACCAUGUCGGUCUUGAAAAUUGGUAGUAUUAGUCUAAGUAGUGGUGGAAGCAGUAGUAGUAGUAGUAGUAGCGGUAGUAGUAACACUUCUUCUUCUACUACACAUGCACCAUAUAUUGGUAAUGCAGACAAGGAGGUUUCAUCAAAUCAUCCUUUGGCAGUUUUUGCCAAACCAAUUUCAGAGGUGAUGGAAAAACAACGAUUAAAAUACCCAGAUCUACAAGUACCCUAUGUAUUGGUAUUUUUAGUGUGUAUCUUAAAGUGCAAAGACAAUAUGAAAUGCGAAGGUAUUUUCCGUAUUCCAGGCAACAAUACAGAGUUGUGUAUGGUUAAAAAACGAAUCAACGAAGGUGAUUUUAACAUUGACCCAGAUGUAAAUGUUCACAUCAUUACAUCGUUACUCAAAUCUUGGCUUCGAGAAAUGCCUGAACCACUCAUUCCAAACAACUAUUAUGAACAGGCUGUCAAUUGCGAAAAUACAACUUCGAUUUUAAAUAUUUUCAAUCAACUCAACUCUAUCAACCAAAAGAUAUUGACCUAUAUAUCUAUAUUUUUAAAAGAACUUACUCUUCCUUCAAAUGUUUGUCAUUCAAAAAUGACUCAGGAUAAUGUUGCAAUGGUAUUUGCACCAUCAUUUUUAAGAUGUAGUAAUCCAGAGACAUUAUUGGCAAAUAUUGAAAAGGAGAAAUUAUUUAUUCGAUUGAUUAUUGAUAGUUCCGAACAACUAUUGGAAUUGUGUCCUCUUCAACUUGGAAACUAUGAAGAUGUGGUUAUAGAAAGAUUUACCACCGACUAUGGACAGUUGGCCCAUUCUGCGUCUGCCGAUGGGUCAUAUCCUACCACCUCGUCAUCUUCUUCAUCAUCAUCGUCAUCGUCUUCGUCGUCGUCAUCCUCUACCAACGCUGCUUUGGAUAGUCAACAACGCAGUAGUGGAGGCUUUGACAACAUAUCACUUGUUAAAAUUAAAUCAAAUCCUUUAUUACCAUCUCAAAGUUAUAAUUUGGGUCAAAUACAACAACAACAACAACAACAGCCACCACAAUUGCAAACAUCCCAAUCAUCAUUCAAUUUAAAGAAACCAAAUGUAUUCCAAGUUCAUUCUUUGGCUCAUCAUUUAACAACUACUCCUCCAUCACAUCCACCACCAUCACAUCCUCCAUCACAUCCACCUCCACCAGCUCCACACCGAAUGGUUCCUCCUCCAUUAUCGGCUCGUUCCGAUUCAUCGCCCCAACUAAAUAUACCAUCUGUACAAACCUAUUCUCCUUCCAAUAUCCAAAACCUACAAUCUCAAUUAUUAACAUGCUCGCCAAGUGCAUUCUCUGCCAAGCGAAUGAACAAGAGUUUUCUCAAUGGUGCAAGUGGCAACAACGGUACAAGCAACAACAAUACCAAUGUCAGACCAUCCAUCACUUCUACUGAUUUAUUCUCUAAUCCUAAUCACUCACAACUUGUAGAUGGUGCCAGUACACUCCCACUACCACCUCCACCAACAACAUCAACACCAACAACACUAAAACAACAACAAGUUCCUCCACCCCAGACAACCUCCAAAUCAUUUAUGGUUGCUCCAGUCAUGGCACCUCCUCCACCCCUUGGUGCUCCGACUCAACCACCGCAUUUCCAUCAUCCACCAUCACUUUUACCAAUAUCAAGAACGACAUCUUCAAAUAUUUUUGAUAGAAUCCCUUUACCUCCUCCUCCCAAUAAAUAA